AAUGAGAAAUAUGGAGUUUCUAAAUGUUGCUUGAGUCAUUUAUGAUUCACUUUAUACGUGACGCAAACUAAGUGAAAUGUGACGUACUCGGUCCCAUAGGAUAAUUGUCUACAAUUAUUUAAAAUUGUUGGUAUUUGACUGACCGUCCAUCCGACUGGAAUCACUUUGAAUCCCAAGUUUUUCACAAGUUUAUUAGCUGUGGGCAAGUAAGGUCGUGGAACUUUCUCCAAGGUCGCGUUGUUACUGUGCUGCGUGACUUGGUCAUGAAAUGACACAGGAUUCGACACGCUUAUUUCGGCGUGGGAUGGAUCGUUAAGAUGACUAAAGAAAAUGAUGUUCCUCAUUCUAAAAUUGAUAAUGAACCCGUCUUCCUGCCAACCAAUAAGGGAGAUGCAUCCGAAAGUAUUCCUGACAGAAGUUCAGAGCUGAUAAUCGCGAAGCACCAGAAGGGCAACGUGCACUUCAAAAUCCUUGUGCCUUCUAUAGCUGCGGGGGCUAUUAUUGGAAAAGGCGGUGAAGCCAUCACAGAGAUACAGAACAAAACUUCUGCAAAGGUUAAAAUGUCCAAAGCAAACGAUUUUUACCCAGGUACAACGGAACGCGUAUGUCUGAUCAUCGGUACCAUUGACAGUGUACUCAAGGUGUUCCAAUAUAUUUCCGAGAAAAUUUCCGAGAAACCUGAAUCUUUGUUGCGCACCACAGUUAAGGACAGUCGGAUACCUGCCGAGAGGCAUAAACAAGUCAAAAUCCUAGUCCCAAACAGUACUGCUGGGAUUAUCAUUGGCAAGGGUGGAAGUUUUAUCAAGGAAGUCAAGGAGAAUUCUGGUGUUUUCAUUCAAGUAUCUCAAAAGGCAAAAGAGCUCAACCUAGCCGAACGCUGUGUCACUAUAGCAGGGGAGUUGUCACAAACCUACGAGGCUGUUAAACAACUGUUGGUAAAGAUUGCUGAUGACCCACAAUCUUCCAGUUGCCCGAAUAUCUCAUAUGCAGAAGUCCCCCGACCAGUUGCCAGUGCUUAUCCGACAGGCUCUCCCUAUGCCCUGGUGUUGGGCUCUAGGUUCGGAUUGAACAACUGUACUAUGUCCGCCCCCGGAUCUGAUCAAUUAUUGCCCAGUGGUAGCCAGUCCAGUACUGGAUCUACGUCCGGAAACUUCACAGCUCCUCAUUUCAGUUCGUUUUCUUCCAUCAGCCCCACUGGCUCAACGGCAUCACCAAGUUCAAUGUUGGGAACCAGCUCUCCUUCCGCAUUCGCCGCCGCGAUGACUGCCAUGAAUGCAUCACCUUUCUCUUCCGGCGGCAGUGGUGGCCGAACUCCCUCGCUUAUUGGUUCUCACUCUGCCGGUCGUGCUCUGACUGGUCGUGGUGGUGCAACUGGGCACCAUCCAUCACAUAGCCAAGGCUAUCAUCAUGCUUCACAAAGCCUUCUAGGCUCCGCUACCCCACAACUCGGCGGCAGCGGCUCACAUGUCUGCGCAUCAUCCUCGCCUAUGAGUUCGUCACCGUCUGCCAGGUCCACCAUUGGGCUUGAGGUGGUGCGAAACAUUCUACGUUCUGCAGGCUACUCGGAUGCCGCUACUGACGAAAUUGCGAAUGCCAUGCAUAUUUUAAAUUUAUACGGGUUUAUUUCAAUGUCUAGUCUAACCGGUUGUGCUACUGGCGCGUCUACGAUUUCUGCCAUGAACGGUGCGCACUUCACUAUGACAGGCAAUUCGCUAGGAACAUUGAGCGGACCCAUCUCUGGAUAUGUUUCGGCGGGUCCACAAUCACCCGCUUUUCCUGGUGAAGCGCUCACUCACUGCCACGGCCAGCGAACCUUUAGUACUGCCGAUAUUUCCUCCACUUACCAUCAGCAACCCCAAAAUUAUCACUCCUACUCUCCUAGAUGCUGUUCUUCUGCAUUAGCGCAGCCUAUGCCUUUGAGUUCAAGCUCUUGUAAUACCGGAACUCUGUUCCCUAAUACGGCGCAGUUUGUGAAAGAUGGAAAUUCUCACGACCCUUUGGCGUGCGUUGCUUCCUCUAGCGAAUGUCACCUUCCGGGUGUUCAACCUCCCAUCACAACUAUGGAUGCGUUUACCUCGAUGGGGUCCACUGACCCAGUGACAUCACGCAACUCAACCACCCCUCCCAUUGUUGAAACUAUCUCUUUGUCAUCCUCGAGGCUUGUUCCAGUGUCUCGUUCAACAGGAAAUACAGGCAAUGAGAUUUCUUGCUCCCCCGCCUUUCUGUACCAGUUGAGUGAUAAUAGCUUAUCUUCUAGACUGAAACCGGAUAAUGGAAGUGUCAGUGACAAUUCGUUCAACUCUGCAAACGGGAAUCGGCCUUCCGCUUUAUGGGGUUUGGGGUUCCAUGGGGCGGCUCAAGCAAAAUCAUCAUCCAGCUAAAGUGGCUGUUUUCGGGUUUAUUGCACACUUGUCAUUUUACCCGCGGUACCUUUACUUUUUCAUAUUACGAUCACUGAAUGCCACCACUCAUUUGCCUUUGCAUUCGGUUGUUAUGGUUGUUAGACGCAAGAACCUUAGUGCAUUGCUCUUUCCAUCCGCGCUUAUCCCUUGAUAUAUCUUUUCAACCUAUGACUUCUCUUCGCAACCACAUAUCUGCCCGUUUCUUAUAGCUGCGCAUGCAUAUUGGUGUUGACCAUUAUGUAGACAGCUUCACAUUGCUUCAGCUUUUCCGUCUCAUCAUCCCUUCUGUGUUUAUCACGUGCGUCUAUCCGGCUUACUCAUUUCAGUCCUAUUCUCUAGCUAUUAUCCUUUGACCCGACCGUCCAGCGCAUGAUGCAACCGGUGUGAAACAUUUUGAUCGUGCUCCCGUCAUUCUUUAUUCUUACGGUUCCACUCUCUAUCCCGGUAUGCGUCUUUCACCUUACAAUUCAUUCAUCGUGCUCUUAGGAAGUAUCGCACUGACACCACAUCACCUGAUAAAUCUUGAGCCCCCGAGCGCGUGAAGCAGCAAGAGUCCUCCAUCUCCACUCGUUGCGUUUUUUCGCUGCUUGUGACAGAUGUUUUUAUUUUUUUGCUGAGCCAUGUUUUCAGCUUCCCGAUUGCGCUCUGCCACUCACUUCCAGCUGUGGAUCUCUUUCCUUCGCCUUCUCUCGAAAUCAGUGAUGCGUUCUAUUGUGGUUCGUGGAUUUUCUUCACCAUCCUAUUUUGACCGUUUCACUGAGUUCUUAUUUGUAGUAUACAAUCUGUGACGAGCCAUUUCGUGGUGUCUCCUGGCCUGUGAUACAUACGCGCCGAUCAUUCACUAAACAUAUUUGCUUUCACCCGUUAUUACCUACUAUUUAUCGCUUUUUAUGCGCCUUAUUUUUAUUUCAUCUUGUAAUUAUUACACGUCUUUCGUUGACCAACUACCUUUCCCGCCAUCUGAAUUUUCCACAUUGUACAUUAUUUCUCGCUCGUUUAUUCAUCAUUUGUGGAGGCCAAUGGUCCCUUUCGCAACUAUCGCACAUGCUUUCGCAUCAUUUCAGUGUACGUCACAUUCUUCAUUGUUUUUUGGCUCCCGCUUUUGUGAAAUUCGUGUGGUUUGCUCACCAUUUAUUUUUUAUUCAUUUGUACGCGUGGGUCUGGAUCCAAAUGGGAUCUACCACUUUAGUCUUCCCUUGUUCAUCACUUGCUUCCCCAUGGGUUCCGUUUUUUAUUUCGGCCCUAAUUAUGGUGCUUGCUACAUUUACCUCAUUUCACCUGACGAUGUGCUUCUAAUCGAAUGAACUACUACCGAUACCCCUCCGUCCGACUGUCUUUCUCCAACUGUGUUGGUAUGUUGCACUUGUUUCUUUCCUCGUCAUCACCCACCGACUUACAUUAGUUUACCUCAUUCACCAUUUUCCACAACACAUCCCUUCGUCUUUCCUCACCACCCAUCCACCACCUGUAGUUGCUUUUGUUUUGAUGUCAUGAAUACGACAUUGCUGGAUACUUUAUCACUUGCUUCUGUACAAUGUGGAUCAUAUGGGUUCCCUGCGUC